CGGUCUCAUGUACAUUGAAAGUGUGGAUUCUUCCUUUUUGGGCUGUAGUUGAACGGCGACCCCGAGAGCCGCUGCAGGAUGAUAUGCACCGUGCUUGCUGCCACCGUCUGUCGAAAGCCCGAUGCAGACGGGGCCACGAGUAAAGACACGUGGCAUACGGAAACGAAAUCGGGCCACGGACCUGGCACGGAAUCCGUCGAGCUCGGGCCCGGGCCCACUGCGCUUGGGUCCCUGCUCCUACUCCUCUUCUCGGACUUGCUCAUCGAGCGGCCUGAUGAGCAGCACACCGCGGGACCCCCACCGGACCAGGUCAUGUGCGGACUGUCGACGGCUCAAGCUGCGGUGCGAUCGGAGCUGGCCUUGCUCUUCGUGCGUCAAGCGAGGCAAGGGCCACUUCUGCCCCGAGGGGCUCCCUUCAGGCCAAUCAGCUGAGGAAUCCCUCGCGGCCAAAGUGUCCAUCCUCGAGGCACGCCUGCGCGAGGCCGGCGAGGACCCCAACAGCCUCGAGGGGUAUGCACACGAGUCUCCCUCGCCACCCUCUCCUUCCCCUUUGGGGCCACAGAGAGGCCACCGCGCGAACGAGUCGACGUGGCGCUCGUCGAGGCCGCCGACAGACGCGGGCGGCUCACCGGGCGGGGCAGGCCUCCUCGUCUCGUACGACGAGGGCGAAAGCUCGCACUAUGUGGGCGGAGGUGCCACGGGAGCGCACCGCAUUGACAUGGAAGGCGGCCUCGAGGACACGAGCGAGGACGCUGGAUUCGUCACUGCCGCGCGCGCAUCGCUGCCGCCCCUCGCUACGGCGCAGCGGCUCUGCGACAUCUACUUCAAGCACGGCUGCGUCGAGUUUGCCGUCCUCGACGCGGCUGCCUUUCAUCACGGCAUCAUGUCACCCAUCUAUGCGCAGACGGCCGUCUGCCACAAGCAUGCCUGGGCCAUCCUCUUUCUCGUCCUGGCCCUCGGCAGCCACUUCGACCCGCUUGCACCGUGGGACGACGCACAGCCCCACACGCUCUUUGACGUGGCACGGUCGCUAUUUGACGUCCGAGAGCUCGAGGAGCAGCACACGCUCACCAGCGUCCGCGCGCUGCAUCUCAUCGGCAUCUUCUGCAUCAAUGCCCGCGUCCGAGGCUCCGAGAAGCACUGGCCCUGGCUGGGCAUGCAGAUGCGCAUUGUUCAGGCGAUGGGCCUGCACCGUGAUGGGGUUCGCUUCGGCCUCAACGACCAGGGCGCCGAGCAGCGCCGUCGGACGUUUUGGGAGUGCCAGACUUUUGACCGGCUGCACAGCCUCAGCCUGGGCCGGCCAUAUGCGAUUGCAGACCACCACAUCGACACGCAGUUUCCCCAGUCGACGCUCGACGAGCACGAGCUGUCGUUUGAGCGCGCCAAGUUCCGCCUCGGCCAGGUGCGCGGCCGCAUCGCAGACGAGCUCUUUUCGCUCCGCGCGUGCCCCUACGCCACCGUGCUCGACCUUGACGGCCAGCUGCGCGAGCUCGAGCGGACGCUGCACGCGACGCUGCGAUGGACCGGCAGUGCCACGCAGGGCGCCCACGUCGACAUCGACGAGCGCACGACGCUGCCGGACCUGCCGACGAUGCGCCGCUACUAUCUCUCCAUCAUGAUCCAGGAGACAGUCAUGUGCCUCCACCGCUCCCACUUUUCGCGUGCGCUCACCGAGCAGGACGGCGACCCGCUCCACUCGCCCUUUUCCUCGUCUGUCGUGGCCCUCCUCGAUGCCGCACGGCGCCUGAUUGCCGUCACGACGGCCGCCAACAAUGCCUUUCCCGCCGUCGCUGGCCGCUGGGCCUUUCUCUUCACCCGGACCUUCUCGGCCGGCGUGUGCAUUGGCGUGUGCGCCACGCGCUUCCCCCUCUCUGUCGUCACCACGUCCUCGCUGGGGGACCUGUACACGCUCCAGGAGACGUUUGCGUCGGCCAACCGGGGGCUCAGCGUGAGCAAGCGGCCGCUCGACCGCUGGGUCACCGUGCUCGAAGAGCUCUGCUCGGCGGCCAGACGCAGCAGCGAUGCCCCGCCCGGCCGACCAGCAGCGCUGCCCAAGCUGGCUCACUCGAGCUCGUUGGAACUCGUCAGCGGCGCCACGCGCCUCACCAAGCGGCGCCACCUGGAUCCAGCGCCCGAUGCGUCCGCUGGGGGCCAGGCCCCGUUUGGCUAUGGGAACCAGAUGCUCGCCAACCAGCCGACGCUGAUGGACAGUGGCUUCAUACCCGGUCUCGAGGACUUUUUCGAUCUCUUUGACCAGACGUGGAUCGACCCAGCCGUGGAGAACAAUCGGCGGUAGCUCUUUAAGGCUUGUAAUCGAUGUGUGUACCAUAAUUUCAUUCGAGGCAUCCCUCCGCUGAGAGAGGAGCCAUAUCGCAGAGGCAAAGAAGGUUACUAGGCGGG